AUGAACAAGAGCAUGAAUCAUGGAGGAAAGCCGUCGGACAAGUCCUACGCCUCGGAGUCCCAGAGCAGAGCGGAGACUUCAAGCCUGCGAGAGAUGCUGGAAACGGAAGCAGAAGCGUGCAUUGAAGCGAAAGCCAAGUGUUGUCCACGAAGCGUUCAAUUAGGGGGCACCGCAGAGGAUGCAAGCGGACUUUCCAAUGCUGCACUUCCAGAAAAGGUGGAAGCUCUGCAUGAUCAGUCUAGGCGCCAACGCCGGCGUCUUACAGCCGACACAAGCGAUGAGAGAACAUCGCACUCACCUAACAGCCCAACAGAAGCCGCACAAAAUAGUCCACAAACCUCCCAUGACACACCAUUGACGGAGCAAACCAGUCUCACUGAGCGGUCAGUACAGGCAGCCAUGGGAGAAAUCGAAUUCCUAUCUCGCAACGCCAUGGCAGAACCUCGUGGUGAGGCAAGUGGAUUUCCCCAGGAACUGGCGAUAGGAAGCAUGAUUCAAGCUUCCCUUACUAUUUCAGGGAGAGACCCAACACAAUCUUUAUGUUCUUUGUCUCAAAAGUCAAAGUACAGCACCAUUUUGGGACAAGUAGUCCCUACACUCACCAGAGACGUUGUUGCUAUGGACCGUUUCUUCGGGCAUACAAAAGCUCUCUGUCCAUUCAUCGACGAGGAAGAGAUGCUAGGAUAUUGUGAUUCUUUCUUUGAUAGUAGCCAGGAAUCCCAAGCGACUCCGUAUACCUCAUUCAGAGAUUUCAAUGUGUAUAUGGCAGCAGCUAUUGGGAUCCUACUCUCUCCCGACUCGGGUAUUGAAUUUUUCGCCAGCAGCUUGCACAGCGCGGCAAUGCAGAAGUUUCCCAGCAUAAUCCAAAGUAACGAUGACAUGGGCUUGUUGCAUUCCUUGCUGUUGUUGAUUAUUUACUCCAUGUUCUCAUCGGUGGGGGGAUCCACAUGGCAUCUUGUCGGCUUGGCCAUGAAGAAGGCAAUAUCGUACGGUUUCCAUAAAGAGCCACUCUCUGACCUCGGCAUAGCUGAGGAGAAGCUCACUCGGAGGAGAGGUAUAUUCUGGAACCUGUACAUACUUGACAGCUGCGCAAUGGACCGGCCAUUCAGUAUUGAAGAUGAAGAUAUUACGCUUCAGGUUCCGUCCUAUGAUGGGGACAUCAGUUCACCAGACACGCUUGACUUCCCGGCGUACGUUGUCAUGCACGCUCGACUGAUGUCUAAGAUGAGAGGCUCUUCACGUCAGCAGUCAAUAUUCCAUUAUGGAAGCCUCUCCUACUGGAGAGAUAUACCAAGGGGAAUACAAAAAUCGAGUGUAGCUCCUGCUUCCUCUAGAGCAAUACGGCAGCUCACCUGUAGGGCAAUGGUCUGCCUAGCACAAAUCAGUGGGCUUGAGCAAGCCGCAACUAGGGUUCUUGGGACAACCCAUACUAUCCGACAAGAUGUAAUAAACACUUGUAAUGAUUAUAUCAAUACCGAGUAUUUGGCUGUGGAGGACGACUGUUUCACAGGCUCGUUCGUUGAUGCGUUUGACAUCUUUUCCGUGGGAGUGGUUCUUAUCUGCCUGGGAAGGACAGAGCUCCCUUCAGAGAUGUCGAAUGCAACCAGUGUUCUCAACAAGUGUACUGCUUUAUUGACACUUCUUGGUGAAAGAUUUCCGGCGCUCAAAGCUUUUUGCAGGGUUCUCUGGUGCUUGCAGGAGUCAGCAGACAUGAUAAUUGAUGAGCUGCCGGAAAUAGUCCCCCAUGCUCUUCAAGUACUGAUUGAGGGUGCAUUCCGAAGUGAUUGCCCGGUUCGUUAA